AUGCCAACCCUGGAUGACGUUUUAGAGCASRUKGGAGAAUUUGACYUUUUUCAGAAGAAAGCCCUCUUUGUCUUAUGCCUGCUUUCUGCUGCCUUUGCUCCCAUUUACGUGGGGAUUUUUUUCCUGGGAUUCACCCCCGAGCACCAUUGCCACAGCCCCGGGGUGGCCGAGCUGAGCCAGCGCUGUGGCUGGAGCCUGGAGGAGCAGCUGAAUCACACGGUUCCCCAGUGGGAUGGCCACGGGGGCAGCUUCGACAGCCGCUGCAGGAGGUACGAGGUGGACUGGAACACAACGGGCAUCAGCUGCACUGACCCCCUGGGCAGCCUGGUGGGCACUGGGAGCAGCGUCCCCCUGGCUCCCUGCCGGGAUGGCUGGGUCUACAACACUCCGGGRAGCUCUCUCGUGACCGAGUUUAACCUGGUGUGUGAGGACUCCUGGAAGCUGGAYCUCUUCCAAUCCUGUGUGAAUGCUGGGUUUUUCAUUGGCUCCAUCAGCAUUGGCUACGUAGCAGACAGGUUUGGGCGCAAGCUGUGCCUUCUGGUCACAGUCCUGAUCAGCRCCGUGUCCGGGGCCCUGAUGGCCUUUGCACCGAGCUAUGGAUGGACAACGACGUUCCGCCUGCUCCAGGGGCUGGUCAGCAAGGGAGGCUGGCUCACAGGCUACGUCCUCAUUGCAGAAUUUGUUGGCUCAGACUACCGGAGAGCAGCAGGCAUCACUUACCAGCUUGCCUUCACCCUGGGGCUCCUCAUCCUCACUGCCCUGGCUUAURCACUUCCACACUGGAGGUGGCUCCAGCUUGCGGUCACGCUGCCCAGUUUCUUUCUCCUGCUCUACUACUGGUGUCUGCCUGAGUCUCCCAGGUGGCUCAUAGCUCAGAARCAGAAUGACAAAGCCAUGGAAGUUAUUAAGCGCAUUGCCAAGGGAAAUAGGAAGAAGCUGCCUCUUUCUUUUCAGAAUCUCAGCUCYGAAGAUGAAGAUGGAGAAAAGUUGAAACCUUCAUUUGUAGACCUGGUCAGGACACCUCAGAUCAGAAAAUACACGUUCAUUUUGAUGUACAGUUGGUUCACCAGCUCUGUCCUCUACCAGGGGCUCAUCAUGCACAUGGGAAUGGCCGCUGGGAACAUGUACCUGGAUUUCCUCUACUCUGCUCUGGUGGAAUUCCCAGCUGCCUUCAUCCUCCUGCUGACGCUGGAUCGGGUUGGCCGUCGCUACACCUGGGCUGCAGCCGGUGUGGUGACAGGGGCUGCGUGCCUCGUCACAGCCUUCCUCCCACACUCUCUUUAUUGGCUUAAAAUGACMGCAGCUUGCUUGGGCAGGAUGGGAAUUACCAUGUGCUAUGAAAUCAUAUGCGUGGUGAAUCCUGAGCUGUAUCCAACAUUUCUCAGGAACCUGGGAGUCCUCGUCUGCUCAUCCCUGUGUGACCUCGGCGGGAUCGUGACGCCCUUCCUGGUGUACAGACUGGCAGACCUCUGGCACGAACUGCCUCUGGUCAUCUUUGCUGGGAUUGUUCUAAUCGACAGUGGCUUAGUUUUGCUGCUCCCUGAAAUGAAGGGAAGGGCUCUGCCUGAGACCAUCGAAGAUGCUGAAAAUCUUCACAGGCAGGAGAGAAGUAAAGAAAAAACCAUUUACCUUCACGUUUUGACUUCCGAAGAUGCCCCCAAGUAAGGGCUCGUUUUGCCCUGGAUCUGCCCUUAUUGGGGCAGGGAGGCAGGAGGGGGCCAGCAGAGCAGCCACAAGCCCAGCCCUCACCCCACAGGCAGGGCAUGAGCCAUCCCACUGAGUGAUCUCUGCCCUGUCACACCCCCGAGCUGCCAGCCCUCCAAGACUUUGGGAUUUCCUGAGCCAGAGGUUGCACACAUUUCUGCUUCACUCCCUCAUGGACCAUCCUGCAAAUUUUUUCUGUUUGCCUCCUGAAUGCUUUUGUGAUUCUGGUGUCCCAGGGCAUCUGGCAGCAGCACCUCAUAUGGCAUGAAUGGGAAAUUACUGAAGGAACACAUUCUUCUGCUUUUUAUAAAACUAAAAAUCUCUUUGGGCUGCUCACUCACAGCUCAUUUCUGUAGCGAGCAGGAGUGCAGUCGUGAGCCCAACUCAUUUCCUCCAAGCUACACCUGACUCCACAUGGAAGUAACAUAUUGACAGUGUCUGAUUUUCUGUCACAAUUCCCUCUACAUCCCUUAAAAUCUUGGAGCAGCUUUGGGAUUCAGCUCCUGUCACCKGGCAGUGAGUGCUGCCACUGUGAAGCCCACUGAAGGAGCCCGAGGUUUCCAGAAAACCCUUUUCCCUCCCGGCGCUGUUCCUCUUCUUCCAGGGAAAUAAGUGCAAAAAAAGAAGCACUUCUAAGCCCAGCAAGCUUUUAAGAUUUAGCAUUCCUGAAUUUGACUGGAUAUUAGGCAAGCUGGACAAUGAAAAGGAAGACAAUGAGGAGCUGGAGGCAGUGAAGCCUCAGGACGUGGGGGCUGUGURUGACCACAUCAACAUUUGGGAUCAGUGACGGAAAAGGGGCAGAAAGCCCCAUGGCAGACACUCCCUGGGAGCAGCACAAACAGUAACAGGACACUGUGCCCUGCAUA